AUGGCAUCAUCGGUAUACUAUAAGUUCAAAUCUCAGCGGGAUGAAUCCCGGAUUACUUUCGAUGGCACCGGUAUAUCCGUCUUUGACCUCAAGCGAGAGAUCAUGGUUGCGAAUAAGAUGGGAACCGGUAACGACUUUGAUCUGGGAGUGUAUGAUCCAAAGUCAGACAAAGAAUACAACGAUGAGGAUAUUGUUCCACGUUCAAGCUCAGUCGUUGUGCGCCGACAGCCGCCUUCUAAAUCUGGCAGAGGCAAAGCGCAGAUUUAUGUCGCAAACUUGCAAACAGCCACACCGACUCCGGAUCCACGCGCCGAAGGUGCGAGGGCACCUGUGAAGCCGCUGCCAAGUUGGAAGCCUGGUCAGGGCUCCAUCAGUCAGCGCUUCGACGGUAAAGAGCCAUCGAAAGGUGGUGAAAAGCAGGAAGAAAAUGCAGAAGACAAUCUAGCGUCUACGACUCUGGACGAUGAAGAACAGGCGGCGAUUGCAGCGAUGUUUCAAGCUACCUCUGAGCAGUGGCAGCAGACUCAGGAAAAGAUGGCUCAGGCCACACCGAUUCAUAAUAGCCGUGGGCGGGGAGGAUUCAAGGGCGGUCGACCGUAUCAGCACCAUCAGGCCCAUGAGCAACCCUCCCGACCUCCCCCGCUCGGUUACACAUGUUAUCGUUGUGGACAGAAAGGUCAUUGGAUUCAAGAGUGCCCCACAAACGGCGACCAGGACUUCGACAAUCGGCCGCGAAUCAAGCGGACAACCGGUAUCCCUCGCAGCUUUCUCAAAGCCGUCGAAAAUCCAAUUGCGACCGGCAACAACAUGCCAGGCGUCAUGGUCACACCCGACGGAGGUUAUGUGAUUGCGCAGGCUGACUCCGCCACGUGGGAAAAGCAGCGAGCCAAGGCCAAAGCAAUCUCCGAGAACGAUAUCAGAGAGAGGCCAGUCACAGAUCCGACUUUUGCAUGCCCCGUCUGUUCCAAGCUGUUCAGAGAAGCCACAAGGACACCAUGUUGUGGUGCGACGUAUUGCGAGGAAUGCAUCCAAACGCAUCUUCUUGAGCAUGACUUCGUGUGCCCGAGCUGCAGCAAGCGCAUCGGUUCCCUGGACAGAUUGGAGCCGGACUCGGAGAUGAGGCGAAAAGUAAAACAGUAUAUCUACAAAGCAAUGGAAGAAGCGAAGGAAGAGGACGAUGAAAGUUCCAAGGGCCCUCUCGGAGAUCUGGGCAAGGUUCCCACGCCGGACGAGAGCAUCAAUAAGAAUGCGCCGAGACCUGACUAUUCAGCUCAGAUUGCGACUCUUCAAGACUCGAUCAAACAAAUGACUGCGUUGCUGAGCAAGCCGAAUAUGAACAUGCAGGAUCGACAGCGGUUGCAAAUCCGAUUGCAGCAGACAAAUGAACAGCUGGCUCAAAUACAGAUGAUGACUGCGAUGUAUGAAAUGAGCAACGCUGCUGGGGUGGAAGGUAUGGAAAUGAACGGGAUGAACAUGGGGAUGAACGUGGGGAUGAAUGGGUUCAUGGGAUGGCAAGGCAAUUAUGGACAAGAAUUCGGAAUGUUUCCGAACCACGAUAUGGGUAUUCAACAGGGAGCCAACUUUGUUCAGCAGCAGGGUCAGCUCCGGGGACAGAAGCGUGGUAGACCACAGGACUUUGUACAGGUCGAUCAGAGAUCAGAAAAGAUGGGUCGGUAUUACUGA